CAAAAUGACAUUUUGACAUCAGCCAUCAAAAUAACAUGUUUAUGAUAUUGUGCAAUAAUAUUACAUUUAUAAUCUAUCAGAGCUAUUUUACAUCAUAAUUAACAACUUCUGAUAUAGUGUGAUAUUUUUUUUUACGAUAUACUUUAUUUUUAUAAACGUAAAGCAGUUCUGGAUGAUGUUAAAUGUGCCAGAAAUACUUAACUUUUAUCUUUAAGAUUUCUUUCAUCACUACAUAUCACUAAGGAUUCGAAUUUAUCAAAAAGAUGAAUCCUGAUCCUGAUGAGUCUCGACCUGUGAUUAAGGAGAUUCUUUAUGCGGGUACUAAAAAAAUUUCUUUCCGUGAAGGAACAAAAAUUUUUUUCCACUUUCAAACCAGAAUAUGCAACGCAGAUAAAGUUUUAUUAGAUGAUUCUAAAAAAUUAGGACCAGGUAAACCUGUUGAACUCCUGAUUGGAAAGAAGUUCAAAUUAGAAAUAUGGGAGUCAAUGUUAAGAGGUAUGCUGUUGAAUGAAGUCAGUAAAUUUGUUGUUCUCAAAUCUUUAGUACUUGAAUACCCUUUUGUUUCGAAAGUUUUGAGAGAUGUACACAAACCUAAAGAAGAAAGAUAUAAUACCCACUGUUGUGCAAUGACUCUUCAAACUGAAGGUAUUGGGUAUAAUGAUUUGAAUGGUCUAAUCAAAAAACCAGAAAAUUUAGAAUUCAUCAUGGAAAUAAUUGAUGUUCAGCAACCAGAACAAUAUGAAAAAGAAACAUGGCAACUAUCUGAGAUAGAACUGAAAAAUCUUGUUCCAAAUCUUAAAGAACAAGGAAACAAUCAGUAUAAAUCAAAAAAAUUCAAAGAAGCUUCUGAAUUAUAUGCUAAAGCAAUUGGGGUUUUAGAACAGCUGAUGGUUAAAGAAAAACCACGUGAUGAAGAAUGGAAUGAAUUGAAUGAACAAAAAUUGCUGCUAUUAUUGAACUAUUCUCAAUGUCUUUUGAAUAUUGGAGAUUUCUAUGGUACGAUUGAACAUUGUACAACUGUUUUGAAUUUCAAGAAGGAUAAUGUGAAAGCACUCUAUAGACGAGGCAAAGCUCAUGUCGGUGCAUGGAAUCCAGAUAAAGCCAAAAGUGAUUUCUUAAAAGUUAUUGAAUUGGAUCCAUCAAUGGAAAGUACGAUAAAAAAAGAAUUGACUGAGUUAGAUCGUUUGCUGAAGUUGAAAAAUUCUGCUGAUAAAGAAAAAAUGAAAAAGUUAUUUAUGUGAAUAUAAUUUUCAUCUUUUUGAAAGUAUCCUGAAAUAUUUGUACAUUUGUAUAUUAAAGCAUAUUUAUUUGUUA